AUGUGCAAUUUUGUCCCACAGGCUAAUCUUACUGGGAAACUGCAUUUCCUCUUUCUUUCUCUGCAUUUUUGCAAAACCUGCUUGCCCAUGACAUCCCACGAGAAGGAACCUUCUCCCACUAUCAUCACUGUCAGGCCUCCUGUGGUCCCCCAGGAUUAUAUGAUUUGGUCAGUCUUCAACACCCUCUAUAUGAAUAUCUGCUGCCUGGGCUUUGUAGCUCUUGCCUAUUCUGUCAAGGCUCGGGAUCAGAAGGUGACUGGGGAUCUGGAAGCUGCUCAUCGCUAUAGUUCCAAAGCCAAAUGCUACAACAUCCUCGCCACAAUGUGGAGUGUGGUGCUACCAUUGGUGCUCAUUGCUUUGGUGAUUACAGGUGUCCUUCACCUUUCCAAGCUGGCUCAGGAAUCCAUGGACUAUUUGGCUUACAGACUGUUCCCAGAGGAUGUUGAGGACAAAAAGUGAGGGGGAAACAAGAGUUGGAUAUAACUCAAGCACUGCACAAUACAAAACCUCUACCGGUUUCUGAUCUGGGUCAUCUAGUUCACUACAGCAAAGCAUUAAUCAAGCGUAGGACUCCUUUCUCAGAAAAUGCUGCAGAUGUUCAUCCUUGGUGUCCUUCAUAAACUUGUGGCUGAAUUGUUCUGUCUCUGCUCUGCCUCACACUUCUCUCUUAAUUUUCCUUCCUAGCUUUCUUAUAUUCUGUGGGAUCUGCACACAUUUUGGGUAAGCAGACAUGCAGAACUCAAAGAAAGCAGGUAAAAAAGGUAGCCUAAUAAAAAAUUAUUAUG